CAAGAGAUAUACUGUAGGGCCUUGUGGGUGGUUAUUGUUCCAUCAGAGAUAGGCUGCAUUACAUCAACUGGUCUGUGACUUUGAUGCAUGAGGCAGAGGUGUAUGACCCAACAUGUGUUUAGUCAUGUCAAGAAUGAGGAAAGGCGUUCUAGAAAAGAAGUGAACAAGCCCACUUAGGGAACUCGGACGGGACGACUCGUGUCAACUCAGCUCCGUUACUCUCCAGCAGCCAUGGGAACUUUCUUUCUGGUUUUCCUCUUUUUGUCAGCGGCAACAAACGUUUUCGGUGCCAGCAUCUGCACAUCACGAGGAGUCACCACUUGUCAACAGUGCUUGGCCGUUGAUCCUAGCUGUGCAUGGUGCUCUCAGGAGGAGUUUGGGAAAAGGGGAUCCGGUGUGUCCCGCUGUGACCUGAAGCAGGAUCUACUGGAUGGAGGAUGCACAGAGGAUGCUCUGGAGUUUCCGUCCAGCACACUGACUAUUCAUAAGGACGACCCGCUCAGCGACAAGUCCUCAGGGACUGCUGGUGUCACUCAGAUCAAGCCUCAGAAAGUCCACAUGACACUAAGACCAGGUGAUGCCAAGCAGUUCACCGUGUCAGUGAAACAGGUGGAAGAUUACCCGGUAGAUCUCUACUAUCUGAUGGACCUUUCAUAUUCAAUGAAGGAUGACUUGGAUCGGCUUCGCACGUUGGGCAACGACCUUGCCGCAGUUAUGGGCCGCACCACAAGCAACCUACGCAUGGGGUUUGGAGCAUUUGUGGACAAGACCGUCUCUCCUUACAUGUACACAUAUCCUCCAGAGGCAGUGGCAAACCCUUGCGAUGAAAUCAGCACUACAUGCCAGGCUCAAUUUGGGUUCAAGCAUGUGUUGUCACUGACAGAGAGUGUAGCUCGCUUCAAUGACGAGGUGGAUAAACAGCAGGUGUCUAGAAACAGAGAUUCUCCAGAGGGUGGAUUUGAUGCUAUCAUGCAGGCGGUGGUGUGCAAGGACAAGGUUGGCUGGCGUCCUGAUGCCUCACAUCUUCUGGUAUACACCACUGAUGCCAAAACUCACCUUGCUCUGGAUGGACGUAUAGCUGGAAUUGUUCAGCCCAAUGAUGGACAAUGUCACCUUGACAUUGACAAUGUUUACAACAAGUCCAAUGUGCUGGACUAUCCUUCCUUGGGGCUCAUGACGGAGAAAAUGUCUGAAAACAACAUCAAUUUAAUUUUUGCUGUGACCAGCUAUGUACUUGAUCUUUACAAGAGUUACAGUAAACUUAUUCCUGGAACAACUGUGGGAAUGCUCUCCGAAGACUCAGGGAAUGUAAUUGGGCUCAUUGAGCAGGCUUACAAGAAUAUCCGCUCAAAAGUGGAGCUGGAGCUGGUAGAUGUCCCAGAAGAGUUAACUCUCUCCUUCAACGCCUCUUGCAAGAAAGAAGAGGUCAUCCCUGGACUCAAGUCCUGCUCUGGCCUCGUUAUUGGUGACACAGUGUCAUUCAGUGUGGAGGCCAAGUUGCGAGACUGCCCCAAAGAGAAGAGUCGCACAUUUACUAUCAAACCUCGAGGCUUUAAGGAUUCCUUGGAGGUCACAGUAGAUUUUGCGUGUGGCUGCGACUGUGAAGCAAUGGCCGAAGGCAACAGCUCGCUCUGUAGCAAUGGCAACGGGACGUACGAGUGCGGCGUGUGUCAGUGUCACCAAGGUCGUCUCGGCCCACGAUGUGAAUGUUCAGUGGAAGACUACAGACCAUCUGACGAUGCCAACUGCAUCCCAGAUCCAGACAGUCUGAUCUGCAAUGGGAAGGGCAACUGUUUGUGCGGCCAGUGCUCCUGCCAUUCAAAUGACUUUGGUCAGGUGUGGGGCAAAUACUGUGAAUGUGACGACUUCAGCUGCCUGCGCUUCAAAGGGGCACUGUGUUCCAAUCAUGGGAAGUGUAGUUGUGGGUUCUGCCUGUGCGAUUCUGGCUGGAAAGGAGAGAACUGUAACUGCAGCACACGCAUUGACACCUGCUGGUCCAGCAAUGGCCUGCAGUGCAGCGGCCGGGGGUACUGCGAGUGCGGGGUCUGUCAGUGCACCCAGCCUGGUGCCUACGGAGAAACCUGUGAGAAAUGCCCCACCUGUCCCGACUCCUGCGACAUAAAAAAGCCGUGUGUUGAAUGCCUGCACUUCAAAAGAGGACCGUACAUCAAAGACAACAGCUGCAGCAAAAUCUGCAAAGAUGAAAUUCAUGUAGUAGAAGAAUUGGGUAAAAAAGAAAAUGCAGUCAAUUGCUCCUACAAAGAUGAAAAUGACUGUGUGGAGCACUUCCAGUAUUACGAAGAUGAGAAUGGCAAAUCCAACCUGAAUGUGAUAAAAGAGCCAGAGUGUCCUGAAGGUGCAGACAUCUUGGUGGUUCUCUUGGCGGUGGCUGGAGCCGUCCUGCUACUUGGCCUUGUUGGCUUGUUAAUAUGGAAGCUUGUAGUCACCAUUUCUGACCGUAAAGAGUUUGCCAGGUUUGAGGAGGAAAGAGCCAAGGCCAAAUGGGAUACGGCGAACAAUCCUUUGUAUAAAGGAGCAACAUCCACCUUCACCAAUGUAGCGUACAGAGGCAACUAACAUCCAAAUGCAAUGAAACUAACUCAGGGUUCAACGACAAAGAUGGAAUGUAGCAGCAGAGAGAUGGAUGGGAGGAAGAUCCUUUACACUGUCAUGUAUCCGGCUGCUGUAGCUGAUAAGUAGGUAUUGCUGUCAACAACAUGAUGUAAUAAUUGUACAUAUUGUAAAAAAUAACUGAGACUGUUUAUCUAAGGCUUCCUGUUUUACUUCAGUAUAGUGCAUUUAAUUUGAGUUAUCAGUGCCUUACAUGUUUCAUAUAAGAUUGGUAACUUUAAAAACACUGUACACUGUCAGUUUACAGCAAGGGGAACUGCUGAUGAAAGACUUUUGAGGUCUUUGUGGGAGAAUCUGAAACCAUUCAACCGUUCAAAACUUUUAUCAUUACCUCCGAGUCUUUUUGAGUUUGCUCACAUUUUUAGAUGAAAUUGAAAUCACCAUGACCGAGCAGAAAUAAGUCUGUGUCUUUCAGAGUCUAGCUGUUUCUUCUUGACUUAACUGAAAAGGGCAAUCUCAAACCAAAACAACAUUUGUCACAGUGGAGACAAUAUAAUUUGUAUUAUUAUUUGGAAAGGUUUUUAGAAUUUUUUGUGUACAUGACAUUUCCUUUUUUUUCCUAAAACAAACUUUUUUUUUGUGUCAUGAUUUUUAAAAUACAGCCGCAUUGUGUGAGUCUACUGUUGGCUUUGAAAAGGAGUGAAACCCCUUUACGACAGCCUCUAGGCCGAUUUGGUUUACAGUGAUGAUUGUGUUUGAAUAUUGUUUUUUUAAAUGCACAUGUUCCGUUUCUUUUUGCAUCAUCACCUGUUUUCAAGGUUUGCUUGGCUUUUUUAUUGUUCAUUUGAUUUUAAACGUUGGUUGACCAUGUCGUGAUCUGCACAUUGUGUUACACUGAAACCACUUCUGUAUAUGAGCAAACUUUAUUGCACAAAUAGUAUUGUCUCAUAUUUCUGGUAAUUUUAUGACAAAAACAAAACGUGUUACUCUUUUCAAACCACUAAGCGAAGAAUAGAGAAGAUAUGAUGUGCCUUUUUCCGUACAACUCUGACUCUCUUUAACUUUAUGACCUGAAACUCAUUCCAUUUAUCUGUUUUCAAUAAAGGAUGCCUUGGGUUUCACUCCUGUUUGAUAGGCACAAGAAACACCAAAUCAUUUAUUGCACCUCACCUCGGUGUCUUUUGUGUGCAACUUGAUAUUUGGGGUCAUUAAACAAUUUUCUGUAAAAGCCUAAGAAGAAAAAAAUAAUUUAGAUUUAAAAGCAAUACCAACAUUUCUUAAAAAGAAAAAAAGGCUAGGUUAUUAAUUUUUUUUUCUCUAUUCACUGUGUGACAUUGUAGACAUCACUUUUCUGAACAUACAUAAUAAUAUUUUUUAUCACUGUGUGAUUUCAGUGAGAAGCGGCAUGUUUCAUUCCAUCUUGUAGCUUCAUUAGGACAAACAGUGAGCUAUUACACAAACUUUUUGGGCAUCAUGAACACAGUACAACUCACAAAACAAUUUCCUGUUCUAUUUCCAGCCUUUUCCUGCCCGAUAAAAUGUAUUAAAUAUGUCACCAGCCAUAUCAUGUCACAGUAUAUUUCCUGUUGCGUGCACCAUGUGGUCGAGGAGGUUAAGCUCUCUGUCUGUUCUUGUCCACUUCUUUGCUGUACAAUCUAAGAUAAAUUGUUGUCACUUAACUUUGCACUUCCCCUCAUCGCACACAUUUUUUUUUCUUUUACCACAUCCUGAUACACCAGUGUGUGUUGUAUCAAGUUGUGUUAUUACACUGUGUUGGUACUUAAGUUCAGGAUGGUAAUAAAAAUGUACAUUCAG